UUCCCCGCUCGUCUCAGACUCCCACGCCAUCACCCUCGAACCCUCUCAGCCGAACACGCCUCCUCCCACCUGCUUGAAGAUAUAUAUCGAUCCCUGUGAACUUGCUCGACUGGUUCUGCUUCUGCUGGUGUUCCAUCCAACUUGCUGGUGCUGCCGCGGCGGACGCGAUGGAAGCUGUGCACGGCGUCGAGUCCCUCGCCGGCGGAGAUGGCCGGCAUCAUGUCUCCCGUACCCUCGGGACGGCGCUGCUGAUCUCGGUGGGGUACAUCGAUCUCGGCAAGUGGGUGGCCGCGGUUGAUGCCGGGGCUCGCUUCGGGUACGACCUCGUGCUGCUGGUGCUCUUCUUCAACUUCUCGGCGGUUCUGAAUCAGUAUCUCUCUACUUGCAUCGGCAUGGUCACCGGCAAGAAUCUUGCAGAGAUUUCCAGCCAGGAGUACAGCCAGUUCAUAUGUGUUGGCCUUGGUCUCCAGGCAGGGAUGUCUUUGUUUACUUCCGAACUAACCAUGAUUUUGGGCAUAGCAGUUGGAUACAACCUUGUGUUUGAUGUGGAUGACUUUAUCACGUCCAUUAUUUUUGCAUGUGUUGUAAUUAAUGUAUUGCCAUAUCUUUUAUCCCCCAGGGACAAGAGGAUGGCUGGAACGUUAAAUGCAUGCAUAGCUGGAUUUACGAUUCUUUGUUUUGUGCUUGGUUUAUUAAUCAGCCAACCAGAGAUUCCUCUCCAUGUGAAUGUGAUGUUCCCUAAGUUGAGUGGAGAAAGUGCUUACUCACUGAUGGCACUUAUGGGCGCAAACAUAAUGUCACACAAUUUUUAUGUCCAUUCGUCCAUUGUUCAGGUUCAGAGGGCUCAUGUUCAUACACUGGGUGCCCUGUUUCAUGACCACCUUUUUUCAAUAUUAUUUACUUUUACUGGGGUUUUUCUUGUGAACUAUGUUCUGUUGAGCUCAGCAGCAGCGGAAUCUAGUCACAAUGUGAUCCACACCUUUCACGAUGCUGUCGAGCUAAUGAACGAGGUUUGUGAGUCCUGUCUCCACAGUAUCAAUCCAACUCUUCGAAUCACAAACAUGACUUUUGGUGUUUUAAUGGCGUGUUUAAAGAAGUCUUUAGUUUAUUUGGAUUCUUGUUUUCUGCAGAUAUUUACGAGUUCCAUGGCACCACUUGUGUUGUUAGCGGUUCUUCUCUUUUCGAGCCACAUCAUCGCACUGACAUCUGUUAUUGCUAGCCAUGUAGUUACAGAGCAUUUCUUUGGCGCCAACCUGUCUCUGGUUGCGCAUCAUGUGCUACUUAAGCUUCUUUCCAUGAUUCCUGCUAUCUAUUCUGCAAAGGUAGCAGGCUCUGAAGGGGUAUAUCAGUUAAUCAUUCUGUGUCCAGUAAUCCAGGCGUUUACCCUGCCUUCAUCUGUUAUUCCUGUUUUCCGCAUCGCCUCAUCAAGUUGGAUAAUGGGAAACUACAGGGUAUCUCUGCGUGUUGAAAUAUUAGCCUCCCUUGCAUUUUGUCUUACGUUGUUUAUAAAUAUCAUCUUCGCGGCGGAGAUCCUGUUCGGUGACAGCGACUGGACAAACAGCCUGAAAGGGAACACUGAAACCCCUGUGCUAAUUCCACAUACUGUACUAAUCCUAAUGUCUUGUGCAUCUAUUGCUUUUGCACUCUUCCUGGCUGUUACCCCACUUAAGUCAUCAAGUAGGGAAGCCGAAACUCAGGAGUUGUCUGUGCACUCUCAAAGAGAAGCGCCUGACGAAAUUCAAAGGUCCUGAGACCCUUGACGUCUGCCAUCCUCGAGGAGUCAAAAUCAGUUGUUAGGGUUGACUUUAGAGACUCAAUACCAAAGGUCUCUACUGCCACCGCAGUAAAACAAAGUCAGCUAGCAGGAAAUAUCCAAAUGAAGAGGGCGGCUGAGAGAAAUGUUGAAGUAGAAGCAGAUGUUUGCACAGACAAGGAUAAUCGGACUUGACAUAAUUGUCGAAUUCGACAAGUCCAUGCAAGCAGAAAUUCAAACAAAGCAAAUUUGGGCAGAGCUCCUGGAAAUCUCAAAGUUCACAUGACGUGGACACAGUGACCAGGUUCCAUAGCUCUAUGCAGUCAAUUAUGAACACCAGUUUGGUCCCAGCAUCCAUUUGGAUAAAUGUAUGGUGUGCCAAGUGCUGAGCUGAAUGGGGUAUGGUGAACCCUGAGCAGUGAAAAGGGAUCCUGGCAUAGAUUGCUCAUCCAUGUAGAGAAGAUCCUUUAACGUCUUGGCAUUGAAAUUUAAGUUCAAGAUUCCAGUGAAUCAUGCUCGAGGCCGAUUAAUAUGAGGAUAAAAUGUGAUAAUGUGUCAGCUAAAUUACUGUGCAGAUGGAAGUUACUGUUGAGCAUAUAUCUGUUUUCUAUCAUUCUCAGUUUAUAUUCCCCUGUUGAUGUGAGGUUCUCAAUAGAAUAAUAAACAAGAAUAGUUAUCCGUUGUCA